AUGAGUACUGAGCGUGUUCUCUUACGGGCUAAUGACGUCAUCGGUGCAGGGCUAUCGCCUGAGGUCUUAUCUUUGUGUUCUGACUUAAUUGAUAGUGGCCAUGUUUCUUGUGAUGGGUUGGUUUUGAUUGUUAAAGAGAUCCUGAAUGAGUUAGAGUAA